AAAGAAGAGAAAACGGUAGCAACUGUUUUUAUUUAUUCGAGAUGGGGAGUUAGACUCUCUCUCUCUCUCUCUCUCCUCCUUUUUAUAUUUCAAGCUAUCGUAACCUUUUGCAACUUGUCUGCCACUCUCUAACUGCCGCUUCGAAUCUCCCUAAUGGCGUCCCUGGUGAAGAAGGGUAACAAAAUCAGCCAAAUCGUCCGUCUCAAACAGGUCAUGCAACGAUGGCGUCGACGCUGUAUCAAUACCGAUUCCUUCACGUCUGACUCAGAAUCCGAAAUUGCCGCGACUCGCCAACAACGCCGCAUCCCCUCCCCUGGAUCCCUUGCCGUUUACGUCGGAGCGGAACGUCACCGAUUCGUCAUUCCGAUGCGGUUCCUGAACAUGCCGGUGUUUGUGUCGUUACUCAACAAGGCGGAGGAAGAGUUCGGAUUCCAGACAACCGGUGGAUUAGUCAUCCCUUGCGACGUGAUUUUCUUCAAGAGGUUGUUGAAGGUUUUGGAGAGCAACGAGAGUGGAGUAUGUGCGCUGGAUUUAGACGAUUUCAAGGCGAUGUUUGCGGAUUUGGCGAUCGAUUCUUCUUCUUACUGUAAGGAUGUUAACAAUUCUAAUUACCUUAGCUUCACUCCCCUAUUACAGAAAGCUAGAGUUUGAGACGAGGUGCGGCGUAUUAAAUGCCUACCCGAUCUUGUGCGAUGUCACAGCACAGGUUCGUGUCCCAUCUCUUUUGUCAAUUGGGGGUAGGUGUAGGGUUAGGGUUAGGGUUAGGUUUUGAAUUUCGUGUAUAGAUGGUGGAUUGAUUAAAUUCGAUCCCUUCUAGUCUUUGUCAAGUUUGCAAGCAUCCUUGAACCCAAAUCUGUUGAUGUUCUAUGAUUAAGUGGGUUUCAAUGAGAUGAAAUUGCUGAGUUAUCCCAAAUUUGGGGGUGAUAGGGUUCUUUUUCUUUAUCAGUAACAAAAUCGAUGAUGAAUAGUUUUUGGGGUU